AUGAUACUGUAAUAGCUCGUAUUACCACGCGUUCCACGCCGCACUAGUUGCGCUGUAUCUGUACAUACACGCAUUUUGCAUGCCGAACAUCUAAAUGUUCACUGCCCAUAUAAAUGGUCAAUAUAAACGGUUCCCCUUCCUAAUUACCGUCAACAUUUCGAGAGGAAAGGGAAUUUGUCACUGUGACAGACGUAGUACAGUGGCUGAUGGAUUGCCAAACUUGGCGUGUAAAUAGAGAUUAGCAGCGUUACCGGCUGUACGAGUCUACGAGAGAAAUUGCGGGAUACGCUUGCACAAUGCACACCCGGUCUCGGACAUGAACUGCACUAUGCACAGCGUGCUGAACGGAUACUCCGCCGUACCGUCAUUCGUCCGAAGCCGGCGAUCCCAUUGGGACUGGGUCUGUCCGGCAGAAAGUCCAACGGACACGAGGUCACUGCCGACCCGGCCCCACCGUUCACGGAGUCCAGCUAACGUCUCAGCUUAACCAUCUGCAUUUUCUUAGCUUAUUAAUUUUUCGCCCAUUAAUUGUUGCCGUGGUAACGGUGGACGUCGUGCGUGCGGUGGAUUGUUGUGGCGGCGCAAGUAUGUAUUACUACCAGUGUCACUAGUCAACAUAGCGUCGCUGAGCGGCUGCACUCUGCAGACCGGCAAAUGUGCCGGUACAUGGUACAGUACUGUAUCUGCACGGUACUGCGUACACUGUACAGUACUGUACCCGUGUGAACGUUGCUGCGUUCGCGCGUUCCAUUUCCCAGACGCCGGUGUUUGCUUUGCCAACCGUUCGCUCUCCUCUAGCGCCACACGUCCCUUAAACCAGACAACCUGCAGUGCGCUUAAUUGCGGGUUGCUUACCAGCUAGAGCCGCUGUCAUUUGUAACGCAACUACAGUGUCCAUCUCGCUCCGCCCAGUUGCACAUGAGCGCCAUAAUUGUCAGCAGACAGCUGUUAACGCGGACAUUUGACCAGCGAUCAGCAGGAGCUACGGUAGUAAUUCGCGGCGUAUAACUGCUCGGCUGUCAUCGAAGCACUGGCCAGCGAGCUCCGCGUACGAUGCCUGCGUGCAGUGACUGCAGUCUGUGCAGAUGCCGGCGGAGGACGCCGCUGCGGCUCGCUGUCGGUCGGUGGUGGACGUGCGGGAUUUUCUCCGUGAUGCUGCAGCUGCACAGCCUGCACUUCUCGGCCGGAUGCCUGCCCUUCGCGCAGCCGCCGUCGUCGCCGCCACCGGCGCCACGGAUCACGCAGCUUUCCCGCAAGACGGGCCCUGACCUGAACGACAUGUUGGCCGACGCCUGGCUGAAGAACCGGCAGGACGACCGCGUGACCCUGCCGCAGUUGGCUGUGAGCGACUUCGUGACGGACAGCGCCGUGCAGCGACCGCGCCUGGGGGAGGACGCGACCUUCCAGUGCGAAGUGCCGGUCGGCACUGAUCCCGACGGACGCGCCGUGUCCUGGCUGCACCAGGACCGCACCGUCUUCCAAGCCGGCCGAGCACUGCCGGUGGAGGGCAGUCACCGCUACAACUUGACCCGCGUCGGCAGCACCCUCUUCUUCACCGUCCUCAACGUCAGCCUGGCCUCCAGCGGCGCCGUCCUCUGCGUCGCCGCCCCCUCCGGCCCCGCCUACGCGCCGCGCCCCCGCGUCCUGCAGCGCUACACGCUGCUGCCGCUGGUCACGCGCCGCGACGACGUCUUCGCCGCGCCUGACGCUCCCGCUGUGACCGCCACCGAGGGCGGUCCCGUCACGGUGCCGUGCAGUAUCCGGCUGCCCUUCCCGGAAGGCAUUUUCCUCAACAGGCGCCAGCACGUCCUGUGGCGCCACAACGGACGCGUCGUCUACGGCCCCUCGGAGGCGCCGUACGGGGCCCUCAUAUCCGCCACCGGCCUGCCCCAGGCCAGCGUGAUGGCCGUCCAUCCCAACGACACCCAGCCGACUAACCGCCCCGGCCAGCUGACCGAUGACCAGUACACCAUGCACGCGGUCACGCUGGCCGAUGCCGGCCAUGUCGAGUGCUGGUUCCGGCCGCACCAGGGCCUCCACGAGUGGAUUGUGCAGAGCACGAAGCUGACGGUGUUCGCCAAGAACUAAUUAAUAAAUAAUUAAUGCCGCAGCGAGAUCAGCUCAAGGCCAUGGAAAUACAUUCCGGCUGCGUUUUUAUUGAUGCUGAUCAAAUUGCUGUCGCAGCUAGCUAGCGUAAUCAAGACAAGAAUUACUUCGCUAGUGUAUCUACACGGCAAAGUUUAUAGGAAACACGGUAAUAAAAAGAAAC